UUGGGCUCACAUGGAUAGGCUUCAUAUUGUUGUUAGAUCAGCGAAUUGAGGUCGCGGGAUUCGUUUCAGUGAAGCUCACGUUAAAUAUAAGAUGAUCAUAUGAUGAUGUCGUAGUCAUUAGUAAUUGUAAUUUUAGCCAACCGCAGGAGCUGACAUUAUACACGUCGCCCGUGCACCGCCACCACUUACAGGUUGAGGUACAGAAGGAAGUAUCGGUCGUUUGACCUUUGACUGCUCUGGCAGUGAAUGACAAAUCGAAUGACAAAAAGGUUGGCAUUUCUCAGAGCGCAGCUGGGGUCCCCGCGCGGAUCUCAGGGGCUGAGGACGUCCGCGUUCCAGAAAUAAUGACAGCGAGCGCUCUGAAAGUUGGUCGAUAGCAGCGGAGGCUUCAAUAACGGAGGAGGGAGACGCAGCGGAAUCGGCUUGGUAUCAGCAGCAAACCUAGGAGGACCGAAGGCAGGCCCACUGCGGGAGAACGACUGCAGCACCAUGGACAGCUCAGGUCCUCCAUCUCCAGAUAUGGACGCAAACUAUGGCGGAGGCCUGCUGGACAUGGUGAAGGGCGGAGCCGGCAAAUUCUUCAGCAACUUCAAGGAUAACCUGAAGGACACUCUAAAGGACACCUCCACCAAAGUCAUGCACCAGGUGGCCACAUACACAAAAGGAGAGCUGGACAUUGCCUACAUCACAUCACGAAUCAUAGUGAUGUCAUAUCCUGCAGAGGCAUUGCAGAUCGGCAACCAGAACCAUGUGGAGGAUAUGCGCUCCUUUCUGGACUCACGGCACGCUGACCACUACACUGUCUUCAACCUGUCACAGCGCAACUACCGAGGCGCGAAGUUCUCCAACCGGGUCUCAGAGUGUAACUGGCCAUCCCGCCAGGCUCCCAGCCUGCACAACCUGUUUGCGGUGUGUAAGAACAUGCACAACUGGCUCAAACAGAACCCCAAGAAUGUGUGUGUCAUCACCUGCUCGGACGGCCGUGCUCCGUCGGGUGUGCUGGUCUGUGCCAUGUUCUGCUUCUGCCACCUCUUCUCCAACCCAGUGCCCGCCAUGCAGCUGCUUAGUGCCAAGAGACCCGGCUCUGGCCUCUGGCCCUCGCACCGGAGGUACAUAGGCUAUGUGUGCAGUAUGGUAUCAGAGAAGCCCUCCCUGCCACACUCCAAGCCCCUGGUGGUCAAGGCAGUCACUAUGAGUCCAGUACCUUGCUUCAACAAACAACGCAUCGGCUGCAGACCCUUCUCUGAGAUCCUCAUAGGGGAGACCAAGAUCUUCUCUACUGCACAGGACUAUGAGAGGAUGAGAGAGCACAGGGUCCAGGAGGGGAAGGUUGUCUUCCCUCUAGGUGUGAAUGUCCAGGGUGAUGUGGUCAUUUCUGUCUAUCAUAUGAGGAACACCAUCGGAGGACGACUGCAGGCCAAGGUGUCCAACACCCAGAUAUUCCAGAUCCAGUUCCACACAGGCUUCAUUGCUCCAGGGACCACUGUGUUAAAGUUUACGAAGCCGGAGCUGGAUGCGUGUGACUCUCCAGAGAAGUACCCUCAGUUGUUCCAUGUGUUGGUGGACAUCGAGGUGGAGAGCACUGACAAGCAGAAGGACCUGACCCCUCCCUGGGAACAGUUCCCUAAUAAAGACCUCAUCCCCAACGUACUGUUCUCCUGUCACCAGGAACACCAGGACGCACUGGCCAUAGCAGAUGAGUUGGAGGGACUGGACUUGGAGGAGCCAAGCCGGUCCCAAGGCGGUCUGGACGGUCGUCCUCACGGGGAGGACAGCGAGCCGUCUGAUGACGAGAUGCUGUCCCUUUCCAGCCAGCAAAGCCACGCUAGCGGAGAGAGACCUGGAGGGGCUCAGACUGGUACCAGGGGCCCCAAGAGACCCGAGCAGCCCCACGCCCCCCCCGCUGCUCCUCCUCCUCCACCAGAAGAGGUGGACCUCCUGGGCCUGGAUGGGGUGGCAGUGAACACCCCAUGCCCCUCGCCCCAGCCCCCGACCACCAACACCACCACGGACCUCCUGGGGGACCUGUUUGGGGCCUCCCCCCAGACAGGGAGUGGGCCCACUUCAGCCCAGUCCACCCCACAGAAAAUAGCCCCACCCUCCACCCUCCCCUGCCCCUAUCCAGCGUUGGACCCGUUUGGGGCGGGUCCGAUGCCCAAGCCCCAGGAGCUGAUGGGGUCCUUCCUGGGUCCAGCAGGCCACAGCUCCCCAGUCCCACACACCACCCCUGUAGUCACCAUUCAGCAGCCUCCCAACGCCAUGGGAGGAUGGGACUGGAACAAACCUGCAGCUCCAGGAGGUGGUUUCAGUAUGGGCAGCAAGUCAGCCAGUACCAGUCCUACUGGGUCGGUCAACAACACUCCCACACACCAGGCCAAACCCAACACCCUGGACCCCUUUGCUGACAUCGGAAACCUUGGGGGAAGUCUGGGAGGAGGAUCUGGGUUCUCCAGUAAGCCCACCACCCCUACAGGCACCACCCCUGCCUUCCCCCCCAUGGGCUCCCCCUCACGGCCUCCUCCCUCGCCCCAGCAUGGUGGGGGCUGGCAGGCCAACACAGGCCUCCCCUCCUGGAAGCCCGGUGGUGGUGGUGUUGGAGGGCAGCCAGGGUGGCAGCCCCAACCCCAGGGUCAGGGUGGUCCAUCCCCCCAGGCCAAGCCCAGCACCAGCCACUCCAUGCCCCACACCUCCCCCUCCAACAGACCCAACUACAACAUCAGCUUCUCUGCCAUGGGAGGAGGAGCUGCUCCCAAUGCAGCCGGGAAACAACAGCCCAACAUGGGUACCAAGCCCAAAGUUGCAAUGGCUAACUUUGAUGACCUGCUGUCUGGCCAAAGCUUUGCUGGAGCCAAAAAGAAGGAAGGUCCCAGGACAAUAGCAGAGAUGAGAAAGGAGGAGAUGGCUAAAGAGAUGGACCCCGAGAAACUCAAGAUUCUGGACUGGAUCGAGGGGAAGGAGCGUAACAUCCGGGCCCUGCUGUCCACCAUGCACACGGUGCUGUGGGAGGGGGAGACCCGCUGGAAGCCUGUAGGCAUGGCUGACCUGGUGACCCCAGAGCAGGUCAAGAAGGUCUACCGUAAAGCUGUGCUGGUGGUCCAUCCAGACAAGGCCACUGGACAGCCCUAUGAACAAUAUGCCAAGAUGAUUUUUAUGGAACUGAAUGAUGCCUGGUCAGAAUUUGACAGCCAAGGACAAAAAGCACUCUACUGAGCUGAGAGAGAGAAAGAGUUCCUGCCGACCCCCUGUGAUCAAUAAUCAAGCCCCCACCAGAUCUGACUCCCCACUCCUUCCCUUCUUGUCACUGUCCUGUGGACUCUACUCCAUAGAGACUUCAAUAGCCAGACUAACAGAAAGAUACCUGCCCACCCACCUACCUAUGUAUCUGGUGGCAGAACUGUCCAACUCUCCAACAAGAACUGUUCAACCCUGUCCUACAUGUCCGAGCCCUGAACCAAGCAAAGAGUCCUGAACCAAUUAAUGCAGUCAUCCAGCUGUCUAUGGAGACAUCGCCAGAGUGAUACUGUCCACCUAACACCUGACAUAGGUGAUAAUGACAUACCUGUGGUCACAGUGUUGUUAGCCAGGUGCUAUAUAGAGCAAGACGAUGCCAAUGUUUUACACACAGUAGCAUUAACACAGUGUUCCUGUCAGUCACCUGUCAAGAUGAUGACAAUGUUUUACACACAGUAGCAUUAACACAGUGUUCCUGUCAGGCACCUGUCAAGACGAUGCCAAUGUUUUACACACAGUAGCAUUAACACAGUGUUCCUGUCAGUCACCUGUCAAGAUGAUGACAAUGUUUUACACACAGUAGCAUUAACACAGUGUUCCUGUCAGGCACCUGUCAAGACGAUGACAAUGUUUUACACACAGUAGCAUUACCACAGUGUUCCUGUCACAGUCACCUGUGUGACUUUGAAGUGAAGAUCUAGAGUCAGUGUUGGGAGUGGAUGGCCUAUUCAAUUAGGCACUGUACCACUGACUGUAAGGUCUAUACACCACAGUGAUCUCAGAAAUACCAUGUCAAAUAAUUUGUAUAGAGCGAUCUCACAGAGUUUCCACCUGAGUUGUCUAUCUUCAUGGAAAAGCUACUGUUAUCUAUGUCAUUUGAAUGACCAAUUUAGAUCAAUGUGCUUCCACAGAACUCCACAGGAGAGUUCUAGGAGACAACAAGACAUUUGCAAGCCAGGGGGUAACAUGUUUACGUUCUGACAACAACCUGGAGACUCAACUUGACAUACAGAUAGUAGGUGAAGGUAGGCAGGAUAUUCGUUGUUGCACCACCACCUUUACUACCUACGGUGGUUGGUUCUUGUGUUUUCUUGCCCUCAGUCUCAGAAAGGUGCAAAAUGUGUUUAGCUUUAACA